AUGAAUCGAAUUGAUUUGGGUCGAACCACCCUGUAUGCUACGGUGUCGCAUUUACGGCUUGAGUUCAGUGCCACCGCUAGUUUCACGAGGCACAAAGACCAUGAACCUCACGUUUCAAUCCAACAAGAAGCUUUGAAACUAUAUUGGAUUACAGAGGCACCCGAGCUUGAGCUGUGUUUCUUUAUUAGAAUCCCUACGGGUGUUGACAUUAAGCCAACUUUUGUCCAGUCCUUGGAGCGAAAAAUUUGCAACUCCAAAGUUUGGCCAGAACUCGGGUUUGAUAUCAUACUGAAGGAGAGCCCCGAUAGGGCUACACUGCCUUGCUCUACCGAAGAGCCUUCGCUGCGAUUUGGCCUAUGUCGAAGGAACCAGAAGACCCGACCUGAGAAUAGCCAGAAUGUUCCAGCUAUUUUGAAAAACCCUCCGGAACCACAUCCUCCACCUGACCUUCCCGUCCUCUCGAUGUCAUCUGUCGAUAUGACCCUCAAACUUACACAAUGCCGCUGUGCAAACAGUCUACAAGAAGGUUACUCGGCAAAACAUGUAUCCAGAGAUCAUAUAUUUCCCCAGCCGCAGACUUUUUCCACUACAAAAUAUCAAAACCCGACCGAUGGGAUUGCAGGGUUUGCGGCGACUUGCCCCAAUUUGAAUUGCCGAACGCAAGGAAUUAUGACGGCUACAAACCACUAUUCUCAGCAUUAUUGUCAACUAGUGGCAUUUGGCCUUCAGCGACUCAUUUUCUCUGGCAAAGUCAAGACUCCUCAGGUGGUGGUUGAAGAGGAUACACUUCAAUCCCUCUCUGGCCUGGUUCCUGCCAUUUUCAACCCAAGUUACCGUGAAGUGAGCCUGGACUCCUCCAUGGCAUCCUGA